UGGAAGGUGACGCAUGCAAAUUUAUACAUAUGUAAAUACGUAACAGAACUGGAAAUUGGUCAAAUUUGCAACUUUUUGGGAACGAUUUUAAGCUAGAAAUGCAUCGAAGUACAGUUCCGGUUUCGGCAGUGUUGUUUCUCUAUCUUGGAAUUCCAUCAAAUUUUGAGUACCUGGCGGCUACAAGGAUUGGAAUUCGUGUCACGAACGAGUCCGAUCGUUUUUCUUCUCUUCAGCAAUUUAGCCCAAAUUUUUGACGUGGACAAAUGCAUCCCAAAAAUCCCUAAGUCCGAAACUGGUCAUCUCUACGAAAUUGAAACGAACGGGAACUGUGUCAACAUUUAUUCUCAGGAAAACUGUGACGGACACUUCGUCCGGCUUCAGACAGGUUUUUUCUUCACGAAUGUCCGAAAAAUGACGGCACAUCGUUGGGAUAAUGACAUUUUGGUGGAAAAUGAAAACAUCACGGUGGUCUCAAUCGGACCAUGUUUUGACCAAUGUGACCCCCGGAAUUGGGCCGGGAUUAAGAGAAAUAUCCCAGUAAAUGUUACCCUGUUCGAUAACGUGGUCCAUUCUGGAGCAGGAACGACAUACACGAUCUCUGACAUGGACUGCAUAAAAACCCCGCCUUUGGUAACGUGGGGAUCCAUUCAAAUGUCAGGAAGUCCGACAUCCAGCUGUGUCGAAUUACAUGACGAUUCCUCCUGUACUGGAAACUCGGUCCAGUUGCGACCGGGAUAUCCGAAUUUGCACAAUUUAUGGUCGUGGGGCUUCUCUGACAGGGAGGAUUACGCAAUUCGGGCGAAAUCAGUGUCAUUUUGUGGACAUGCUUGUCCACCGACCUCGCCCAGGAACCUAGUUUCGCCCUCCACUAUGACAACAUCACGGACCAGAUUUGAAGCUGAAAUUACCAACCCGUGCCACCCUCAGAUUGACGAUGGCGAGAUUCGCUUAAAUGAAGAAGAACAAUCUCCCGCCAAAAUUAGGAUAUUUCUUAUUUUAGCGAUUUUAUUAAUCGCUGGCUUUACCGGGUGGGGUGGUGCUCAUGUUUUUAAACAAUAUCGAAAUUCCUAUUUUAGAUAUUCUGAGGAGCGCAUGGUCGUGUACAGUGCAAAAGCAGAAAUUGUAUAAUUAGACAUUCUGAGUGUACAAAUAAUAGUUUAGUUAGUAUCGUAGCGUAGCAUACGUAAAGUUUAAACUACAUCAGGGUCCAUUUGAAUUGAAUUGUCCCAUUAAAUUAUUCCUGAUAACCAUACCAAUAUAGUUAAGCAAACGUUUCGGAAAUUCGAUUCGACUGUCAUUGCAUGAAUAUGUAAUCCGAAACCUUUCUUGAAUGCUUACGCACCGACACAUUUGUUCAAAGGAAUACUUAAACUUUUUGAUUUUUUCGCAAUUUAAUACAUACUAUACAGGUUGUGAUAUGCAUUUUGCAGAGAGUAACAUUGCCCAUGGCAAAGGUACAUUAAUCAGUAGAUAUCGACAAAUCAAACGUCACCAAAAUUUUCCAUAAGCCUAUUACAUUGAUUGUACAGCCGAUAGCUUACACUACGCGAAUUACGUCGCAUCCACAUAAUUAAUUCAAUUAACCAGUCUAGCCAAGGUCAAAGACUGGUUGGGGUACGAAGGCCAACUGAGCAAGGUACUUGGGUGAGGUACCCGCUGCUCACAAUUUAAGCAGCAACCGAGCACUCAUUCUGUCAUUGUGGUCAUAACUCGCGACAAGUAAACACACAUUCGCGUAAAUAUGUUGUAGAUUCUAGGAAAUUCUAUCACCGGAUUAUCACCGAUCGGGUACGUGUAUGUGACUGAACUGAAAGGUUGCAGUGCAAUCACCACGUCGUAAUACCUAUGUAUUACUAGCUACGUGUAUGGACUUACUCGAAAUACAGAGAUUCUAAAUAAGAAAUGGUGACAGAGAGGUAGCUUCGAAAAGUCAUAUUUCUGCUAACUACUUCACAUCAUUCUCAGGAUAUAUAUAUCCUCCUUAAUUAAUAUGCAUUUACAACCCACUUACAUAUAUUCCCACUUGCCUUAAUAUUUUUGGUCGGGGCUGCCAAAUACAAGUAAUGUAUAGAAAAUAAAAUUACCUUGAAAUUUAUUUAUGUAAGGGUUUCAUGAAUAAUCGAUACUCUACAGGAAACGGAUGUUACAAUUAAUAUUUUAAACUUGAAGGAAAAUCAACAUGCCUGAUAUAAAAUAUUCCACCUCUACGUAGUUCAAUUGUUUGAAGUUAGUAUAUAUCUAUUCCUCACUUCCGUCUACUUGAUCAUGGUGACAGACACAUGCCUUGAAAUAUUUUGUUUAGCGAAUGAACAAACGCCACGAUUCAGACAAAAUUGGGAAAAAAGAAAAAAUGCUUUGAUAUUUUUCACACGUAAGGUUGCUUACGUAAAGAACACGCAUGUAAGGUUGUCAAGACCAAUAACUUUACCAUAUUUAUAUACAGUGCGUCUCAAAGGUUCCUUUACCGCUUUUCUGACUACAAGUUGCAUUUAUUUAUAUGUAGCUUAAAUAAAUAAAAAAUAUUUGAUUCACUUCCAAA